UUAAUGCAGACAACAUGGCGGACUAAAAGAUACGGCUGACCCGCCCGGAUACAGCGAAUAAACAGUGGGAUUCACGCCCCCUAUGCUCAAGGAAGACGGAGAGACACCAAUUUGUUAGAAACACCCUCGGGAACAUUGAGGAAUUUUUGGGACCGUUCUAGUCAUUCGUUAACAUAAACAUACUUGCGAUCUGUUGCCUCCAAAUUGGCGGUCUGUCCCAGAUCGUUCAUAUCACCCAGGCCCCCCACCCCACAUACACACACUAUUGGUUCCUGGGGUGUGAAGACAGGGGCUGGGGUUAAGAACGUGGAAAAAAGGAAGAAAGGAAUUGCACAACUAGAUAUUCAGGAUUGUGCAAAAUCAAACGGAAGUCGUGGACCACACUGUGCGAAUGAGUGAUUGAUGCCAAAUUCGCUCCUUAAGGGCAGUAUGGGUGUGUGUCCCCUGCUCCUGCUGCUCAGUGUGGCCCUCGGGGUCUCUGUCUCAGCCCAGGGACCAUCUCUCACCCCCACAGAAGGUCCAGUCUCCACUGCCAAACCCACGGAUUCUCCGGCCACCACCCUCCACAAUGUUCCAGUGGCAACAACCACCACCCCUCCAACAGCCGCAACGACACUGACAACAACCAGCACCGCAGAGGGGAACAUAUUGACUGCAGGCCCCAGUGUCACCCAGGUGCCCAUCCCCCCUCCACCACCCCCUGGCCCCACCAUAGCCCCCCAAGUCCCCACGGGUGCAACCACUGCCCCGCAACCACCCCCUGCUCCGACCACGGUCAGUCGGGGUGGGGAGAAUGGGACCACACCCUCUGCUCCGGACAGUCACACAGAUCCCUCGCUGGAGACCACCAUAGAACCUACGGUGAAAGCCACGUCGCCCGACACUACUAGUGACACUACAACAGGUGGUGGAGAAGACGACACAGACCAAAAUACGCAAUCAGAUGACACGCCCAUCAUUGCGGUGAUGGUGGCACUGUCAUCCCUGCUCGUCAUCGUCUUCAUCAUCAUCAUCCUCUAUAUGCUCAGGUUUAAGAAGUACAAGCAGGCCGGCAGCCAUUCCAACUCCUUCAGGCUGACCAACGGUAGAUCAGAUGAUACAGAGCUCCAGAGUGUGCCGCUAUUGGCCCGCUCGCCUAGCACCAACAGGAAGUACCCACCCCUUGUUGUUGACAAGCUGGAGGAGGAUAUGAAUCGUCGCAUGGCUGAUGACAACAAGCUCUUCCGGGAGGAGUUCAAUGCGCUGCCGGUGUGUCCCAUCCAGGCAUCAUGCGAUGCGGCCUCUAAGGAGGAGAACAAGGAGAAGAACCGAUACGUCAACAUCCUGCCAUAUGACCACUCCAGGGUGCAUCUGUCGUCUCUAGAGGGAGUUCCAGACUCUGACUUCAUCAAUGCGUCCUUCAUCAACGGUUACCAAGAGAAGAACAAGUUCAUUGCAGCUCAAGGGCCAAAGGAGGAGACGGUAAACGACUUUUGGAGAAUGAUCUGGGAACAGAACACCGCCACCAUCGUGAUGGUGACCAACCUGAAGGAGAGAAAAGAGAAAUCCAUACAGCGGCAAUCUCUCUGUGUGUCUCAGUGUAAGUGUGCCCAGUACUGGCCUGACCAGGGCUGCUGGACCUACGGCAACAUCCGGGUCUCUGUGGAAGACAUGAUGGUGCUGGUGGACUACACCAUCCGCAAGUUCUGCAUCCAACAGGUGGGGGAUGUGGGGGGUAAGAAGCCCCAGCGGCUGGUGACCCAGUUCCACUUCACCAGCUGGCCAGACUUUGGCGUUCCCUUCACACCCAUCGGCAUGCUUAAGUUCCUCAAGAAGGUCAAGACCUGCAACCCCCAGUACUCCGGCCCCAUCGUGGUCCACUGCAGUGCGGGGGUGGGGAGGACGGGUACCUUCAUAGUGAUAGAUGCCAUGUUGGAUAUGAUGAACACCGAGAGGAAGGUGGACGUCUUUGGCUUCGUCACGCGCAUCAGAGCCCAGCGCUGCCAAAUGGUCCAGACCGACAUGCAAUACGUGUUCAUCUUCCAGGCCAUGCUGGAGCACUACCUGUACGGAGACACAGAGCUGGAGGUGACCUCCCUGGAGUCCCACCUGGCCAAGCUCUACGCCCCCUCCGCCGCCGGCUGUGGGGGCAUGGAAGCAGAGUUCAAGAAGCUGACCUCCAUCAAAAUCCAGAAUGACAAGAUGAGGACGGGCAACCUGCCGGCAAACAUGAAGAAGAACCGAGUUCUCCAGAUCAUCCCAUACGAGUUCAACAGAGUGAUCAAUCCAGUCAAGAGAGGGGAGGAGAGCACGGAUUAUGUCAACGCUUCCUUCAUUGAUGGCUACCGUCAGAAGGACUCGUACAUGGCCAGUCAGGGCCCGCUACAGCACACCAUCGAAGACUUCUGGAGGAUGAUCUGGGAGUGGAGGAGCUGCUCCAUAGUCAUGCUCACUGAGCUGGAGGAGAGAGGACAGGAAAAGUGUGCUCAGUAUUGGCCCAGUGAUGGGGUGAUGGUGUGUGGUGACCUCUCCAUCGAGCUGAAGAGGGAGGAGGAGAGUGAGAGCUACACUGUUAGAGACCUCCUGGUUACCAACAACCGGGAGAACAAGGCUCGUGCGGUGAGGCAAUUCCAUUUUCAUGGCUGGCCGGAGGUGGGCAUCCCCAGCGACGGAAAGGGGAUGAUCAACAUCAUCGCCGCGGUCCAGAAGCAGCAGCAACAAUCUGGCAACCACCCCAUCACUGUCCACUGCAGUGCGGGCGCGGGGCGGACGGGGACCUUCUGUGCCCUGAGCACGGUCCUGGAGCGGGUGAAGGCUGAGGCCAUCCUGGAUGUCUUUCAGACUGUCAAGAGCCUCCGGCUGCAGAGGCCCCACAUGGUGCAGACACUGGAGCAGUACGAGUUCUGCUACAAAGUGGUCCAGGAGUAUAUCGAUGCCUUUUCUGACUACGCCAACUUCAAGUAGGGACCCACACAGGGGACGGACAUCCAUACACAGUCAUAAACACCAAACCCACACGUACCCGACGGAAAGAAAACAAACUGUUCACGGCUUAGAUGACUGGGCAGCCUGCGUGCACAGAGGAAAAGGGAAUGGAAGUUUUGUGACGGAGCCAAGUGCAGCGCUGCAGUGUACCGGAGGGAGUGAAUAUCAGAGAUGCCUUCUUGAAUAUUUUGUAAUAUUGAGCUUGUUAAUACGGGCCCCUUGUCCCUACCCCCCCCCCACAUCUAUCCCCCCACAUCUAUCCCCCCACAUCGACACUCCCCAAUCCACCCAAUGUACAUAUACUGUACUUUACCCUGUCACAUUUGGGGGUUUUGUUUUUAGGCAAAGUUUAAGUUUGGCUGCAUUUUUAGGGUGACAUAAUGUGUUUUAUGGGUAUGUGUGUGUACAUAGACCGUGCCAGUCAAAGGUUUGGACACACUUACUCAUUCAAGGGUUUUUCUUUAUUUGUACUAUUUUCUACAUUGUAGAAUAAUAGUGAAGUCACAAACUAUGAAGUAACACAUGAAAUCAUGUAGUAACCAAAAAAGUGUUAAACAAAUCAAGCUUUUCCAACAGUCUUGAAGGAGUUCCCACAUAUGCUGAGCACUUGUUGGCUGCUUUUCCUUCACUCUGCGGUCCAACUCCUCCCAAACCAUCUCAAUUGGGUUGAGGUCAAGUGAUUGUGGAGGCCAGGUCAUCUGAUGCAGCACUCCAUCACUCUCAUUCUUGGUCAAAUAGCCCUUACAUAGCCUGGAGGUGUGUGAGGUCAUUGUCCUGUUGAAAAAAAAAUGAUGGACUCACUAAGCGCAAACCAGAUGAGAUGGCGUAUCACUGCAGAAUGCUGGUUACACGUGCCUUGUAUACUAAAUACAUUACUGACAGUGUCACCAGCAAAGCACCAUCACACCACCUCCUCCAUGCUUCAUGGUGGGAACCAUACAUGCAGAGAUCAUCCGUUCACCUACUCUGCGUCUCACAAAGACACGGCGGUUGGAGCCAAAAAUCUCAACUUUGGACUUCUCAGACCAAGGGACAAAUUUCCACCGGUCCAAUGUCCAUUGCUCGUGUUUCUUGACCCAAGCAAGUCUCUUCUUCUUAUUGGUGUCCUUUAGUAGUGGAUUCUUUGCAGCAAUUCGACCAUGACGGCCUGAUUUCAUGCAGUCUCCUCUGAAGAGUUGAUGUUAUGAUGUGUCUGUUACAUGAACUCUGAAGCAUUUACUAUUGCUGCAAUCUGAGGCUUGUAACUCUAAUAAACAUAUCCUCUGCAGCAGAGGUAACUGGGUUUUCCUUUCAUGAGAGCCUGUUUCACCAUAGCGCUUGAUGGAUUUUGCAACUGCAUUUGAAAACUUUCAAAGUUCUAGAAAUGUUCUGGUUUUCCUGACCUUCCUGUCUGUCAUUUCUCUUUGCUUAUUUUAGCUGUUCUUGUCCUGAUAUGGACUUGGUCUUUUAUCAAAUAGGGCUAUCUUCUGUAUACCCCACUUACCUUGUCACAACACAACUGAUUAGCUCAAAUGCAUUAAGAAGGAAAGAAAUUCCACAAAUUAACUUGACAUGUCACACCUGUUAAUUGAAAUGCAUACCAGGUGACUACAUCAUGAAGCUGGUUGAGAGAAUGCCAGGUGUGUGCAAAGCUGUCAAUGCAAAGGGUGGCUACUUUGAAGAAUCUAAAAUAUGAAAUAGAUUUUGAUUUGUUAAACACUUUUUUGGUUACUACAUGAUUCCAUAUGUGUUAUUUCAUAGUUUUGAUGGUUUCACUAUUUUUCUACAAUAUAGAAAAUAGUAAAAAUCAAGAAAAACCCUUGAAUGAGUAGGUGUGUCCGUACUUCUGACUGGUACUGUAUAUAAAUCGUAUUCUUUAGAGGUGUAUGUCAAAUCGAGAGUCGAGGAAAUGGUGUUUGGGUUUUCUUUGUUCUCUUUUGUUUUUUUGCGGUUGAGUGACUUGAGACUUACGUUGUUGAUGGCUUUAUCUGAUUCAGGCUGAAGCUAAAAGCUGAUAGAUCUUCCUUAGAGGAAUGGAUUUACACAGCCAAUCGGAAUUAAUCUGUGCAUAUGCACACGCACGCACACACACACACACACACACACGAACACGUUACAGCUGGCCAGGAGCACUUCCAGAAUUGGCCUAGCCAAUCACAUGAUCUAAACUCUUUCCACUAGUUUUCCUUUGAGUUCAAAGUUCACAGUUCACACAGAGGGCAAGGAGCCAUGGCAUUAGCUAAACCCACUGUUACACAAGAGCAUAGCAUCACACAGCCAAUGAUUUCUCAGGGCACAAACACACUGUAUAUGUGUGUUUUUAAAAGGGAGCCAUGUGCCAAACAGUCUCUUCAGAUGAAGGGUGAAGUUGCACCUAGAUGCUGUUCUUGGGUCAGUUUUGCGUUUCCCCCAUUCAUAGUUAAGCAUAGGAUUUGGGGAGGGCGAGCUGAUCCCAGAUCUAAACCUAAGUGCCACUUUUCCUCCCAGGAGCGUGUCUCCAUCUGCGAGCCAGGCCGUCACAAGCCACAUCUCUCACACACGGUCCAAGACAUUGUGGCUUUGCUGCGCUUGUGUUCAAGGACAUAGAAAACAAUGUAGUUUAGGUGUACCUGCACAUGCUUGCCGUCACAGUGGAUUCUGUGUGUGUAGAACGUUUGUGGAACUUGAAGUUGCCCAUACCGAAAAUAAAUUGAAUAUCAAACGUCAAAUAUAUUUAAAUGUAAUGGGCCUGUUGAAGAUUAGGCCAACAAUGCAUUCAAAAUAGCCUAUGCAUAAUGAUAAUGAGUAGGAGGCCUGAUUGUUGCCAUAAUACAAUUAUUAUUUCAUAAUUUCCAUUUAGAAAACUACAUAGAUUAUGGGUCAAAUAAAUUAACCACGCAAUUACUGUGCAUUUCCUAUCAUUUUGUAAUGUCAUGGAGAUUCUCAUGUAUUCAUAUAUUUAAUUGCUUACAAUUAGAUUGGGCGAAGAAAUUUCCGAUCUAUUAUUUACGUAUCAUUCCAUUUACUUGUACUCCAUUGCAGAUAUUUAUUUUCGGUAUAGGUUGUUUGAGAAAAUGGUGUCAAAAUGUGAAGACGUGUUUGUCUGUUUUUCAACUGGGGCCUGUUCAGGAUGAUGAAAUGUUAUAGAAUGUUCCGAUAGAAAUGUGUUGUGUAGAACAUGUUUGUUUGUCAUAUGUAAUGGAGAUUUGUCAGCUCUAUUCAAUAUAUUUCUAUCUGCAACAUUUAGAACGUUUCACCAUCUGUUGUGGCACCUCAAUACUGUGCUGUUAGUGUUUUUAUGACUAAUACUGAGCAAUGUUUUAUACUUUAAUGCUGUUGCUUUGAUACUCCCCCAAAGGAUUACAUUGUUACUUUUAUUGUUGAAACAUGUGACAUGGAUUGUUUGCAGUGAUUUUUUUUUUUUUUUUUUUUUCAUUUCAAAAUGGCUACCUACAAGGGCAGCUUGGCUAGAAACACAUGCUCUGGGUUUGUGGAUGAGGCCGCCGUCUUUUAGUUGCGAUUGUAAUGAAAUAUAAAUGAUGUCAAUUAGCUAGCAACAAGUUUGAGGUCAAUUCCAUCUCAUCUCAGUCAACUCAGGAAAUUACUUGAAAUUGCCAGUUGUUGGGGGGAGGGGGCGGGUUCCCCAUACAUGUUCUCUCAAUGUAUGAAUAGAAUUUCAAUUUGUCUACUUAGUUGGUUGAGUGCAAAUGGAAUUGCCCCUGGUCCAUUAGCCAAUCAUAGCUACCAAUUGGCCCCAAAGGAUUGUAGUAAACAGUAAUAGUGUGUAGAGUGCAGGUCAUGAUUCCCACCCCCUUCCCAUGAACCAAGGUGUCAACCCUGGUAUGAGUGAAUGGGGUGUAACCGAUUUUGAGGUUUUUAGCCGCCAUUUUGAUCCUAGUUUCUCCAAUGGUCUGUGGAGUUGACAGGUGUGCUAGAGAGCCAUGAAGAUCUGCCAAGCCUAGUCGAUACCAAACUCAUUCUCUUAUAUGCAGAUGGCUCUAUUUGUCCCAUCAUAGAGGUUCAGCAUCGUUUUUGUCAUUAGGAUAGCCAGCAGUGUGUAGACAAACGCUUGCACCACGCACAACCCCCACUGUUCAGAAGUUGGAAUAGAUCGGUUUGACUUCUCCCUUUUUUAAAUAUAUUUUUAUAGAGCAGAAAGGAAGGAGCACAAUCCAACUCUGUCAAUGUGUUCGGAUCAUUGAAUUUGACAAGAGUCCCUAAAAAUUCUGCACAAAAAAAAAGCACCAUUUAUUGAGAAAUUGUUGGGUUGUUAUUGUUGAUUGUUCAAAAAGCUUGUGCUAGUUGCACCAAAAACAAAAGCCCUUGAUGUGACUGAACCAAUGAUACAAUGGCCAGAUGGGUAACAUGGCCCUUUAGAUAGGAAAUUACUUGAUGUCAACUAGGGUUGUUGAUUUAUUAUCCUGUUUUAAAAGAAUUCCAGUUUGGAGGAUUACCUUGCUGCUUUAUUCCCUUCUGAUUCCAGAAAUCCUCCCAAGACUUUUUUGGGGGACAUUUUUGAGGAAUUUUGCAACCCUGAUGUCAACAUUGGAGAGGCCUUAUAAAAGCCUCUGGUUAUGGCCUCUAGUUAGGCCUCUAGUUCUGACUGGGAAACCUAGGUUAAACCAUGGGACAUAAAUAGCUAGGUAGAGAACUUCAAACUGGAUGUCUCAUUUGGACCAGUCACUUCAACUGUCACCGUCAUUUCAGACCCCGUUCUACCCAAGUGCCCGUGGGUUACAAUUGGUUACAUUUUUGUUUUACUUCAUGGGUGUUUUGGGUGUGUUGAAUCUUUAGUCAUCAGGGUGGGUGUUUGUGUGCUCCACGAGGAGGGAGGGUUUUACUCUUCUUUUUUUUUGAGCCCGAAGGUUUGCGGUUCUAGCCACCUUGCUUCCACGCUAUGGUUCUGUCUGUCAUUGGCUGUGUCUGAAUGUUUAGCCAAAUGUAAUAAUCCCCUUUUCCCAAUGACAUUGUGCCAACCCCCAACCCUGUUGACCUAAAGCUUCACAAGUGGAAAGUGCCUCACAUGUUGAUUUUAUAUGGUAAAUGUUGACUGCACCUCUCCCUCAGUGAGUUGGUUGAGUGUUUGUGUAUAGAAGCUUGGUAAACCAGUAUCACCUUACAGAUUAGUACAUAUAUUUGCCCCCUUCCCACUAUCUCUGAGCCAUCGUAUAGAACUCUGUCGACCCAAAGCACCUGUGUACAAAGCCCGAGCUGCCUCUUGGCUUUGUAACUCUUGAGACCAAGAUCAGGGCCUUUUUUAUUCUUCUGUUCAUGCUCAACCAGCUUCAGGCUGACAAGGUAAAAAUCUGUCGCUCUGUCCCCGGAGCAAGGCAGUUAACCCACUUCCCCUGGCACCGACGACGUGGAUGUCGAUUUGUAAGGCAGCCCUCUGCACCUCUCGGAUUCAGAGAGGUUGGGUUGAAUGUGGAAGACCCAUUUCAGUUGAAUACAUUUAGUUGGACAACGGACUAGGUUUCCCCCUUUCCAUUUCAUGCUGUAACACCGGGUUCCAUUCCAAUUCAAACCCAUUGUUUUGUGUUCCAGCUACGUCUUCACUCCAUGUCACUGAAGUGUUGGACCUUUUGACUAUUCCUUCUUUAUGGCCCCUCGUUGUGUCCUCCACCUAACCAAAUAUAGUUGGUAUAAUACAUUGCCCUGAGUUACUGCAAUCACAAACACAUAGUUUACUGGUUAUUAGAGGACAGCCUAGCGUGUCUGGGUCCUUGUUCCAUACCGUCUGCUAGCUGCAGAUUGAAAAUGUGACGCAAUGCCCCAGUAGAGUAUUUUGAAUAUCCCGGUUACAGGGCACACCUUUCUCCAGAGACGGUGAACGAUAGUGAAACAGACUGGAGGAGUGGGACUUCAUAGGUUUCAACCAGUCUCUCCCCCACCCCUAAACCUGUCUCUCCUCCACCCCUAAACCUGUCUCUCCUCUGAGACCAUUUAGCUGUCCCCUUUUGAGAUGCCCAAAGUUGUCUCUCUCUUAACUCCUAUCCUCUUUCUCCUUCCGCCUCCGCCUCGUUCUCUUUGCCCCUGGGGCCGGUUUUGUCUCCCUUAUAACCGGUCACUGUCCCGCUCCCUUCUGUACAUAAUGUAGGGUUAUUUAUAUUUCAUUCCUGUCUGCUGCCUUGCUUUUUAUUUUCUCAUUUUUUUAAGAAUCUAUAUUAACUGUACUGGGACCAUUUUCAAAUGUAUUUGAUGUUUUUUGUUUUGGCUAUUUUUAAUUUGUAUUAUUGUCUUAAAUCAUUUUUAAUUUGCGUUUGUUUCAUUUUAUAGUGUUUUUGUUAUUCAAAAAUUUGAAUAUAUGUGUAUAUAUAAUUAUAUAUAUGAUAUAAUUAUAUAAUGCCAAAUGGCCUUUCAAAGCAAGAUACUGUUCAAACCUAAAUAAAGUGCUUGAGAUUGUU